AUGGACACAGUCGUUGCAGGAGCGCUCGCGGCGUUCACCGUAGACCUCCUGAUCUACCCCUUGGACACCCUCAAGACUCGACUGCAAGCACCGGACUAUGCGACCCGCUUCCCAUCAGGCAGGGGCCUCUACGGCGGUCUCUACCAAGGAGUGGGUAGCGUCAUCAUUGCCACUCUCCCAGCAGCCGGGCUCUUCUUCACGACGUACGAAGAAGCCAAGAGCCUGCUCGCAUCAUCCGGCUCGCCGCUAGCCAAUGCACCUCCAGCCUUGUCACACAUGUUGGCCAGCUCAACGGCAGAAUUGGUGUCAUGUCUCGUCCUCACUCCAGCCGAGAUCAUCAAGCAGCGUGCACAGGUGGUCAACAAGCAGGCGGAUCGCAAUGCUUCGUCCUCCAGCACAAAGUCUUCAGCAGCGUGUCCAGCGACAACUGCCGCGGGCGCAGCAAAGGAAGUGCUGCAGCACGCUCAGCCAGGCGAGCCCAAGGCAAAGCUUGCAAAGGAGACGGUCAAGCAUGCUGCAGACAAGGUGACCAGAUCAGCUCCACCAGGCAGUGCUGCUUCCACAGCGAGGAAUGUCGUCCUCGACGCACAAGAGAAGCUUCAGCAAAUGAGCUCUCAGCGACCUAAUCGAUCAGCAUUGUCGCCAAUCGCUUCGACAUUUGGCCGCUCGUAUCUCGCUCUCGCCGGCCGCAACCUUCCCUUCACAGCACUUCAGUUCCCGAUCUACGAAUCACUACGAGAGCGUCUGGGAAAGUGGGCAGGGCUCAAAGCCGGGACACACAAGGAAGAUGGCGGUGUCGAUGACGUGCGAUCGUCAGAGGACUUCAGACGCCAGGCGUCCCAGGAUGAGACGAGCGUCGCAGCAGAGUUUGGCAAGGCGGGACUGGUCGCGGGAGGGUCGGCAGCGAUAGCGGGGUCGUUCGCAGCAGUGGUGACGACACCCAUCGAUGUGGCCAAGACGCGCAUCAUGCUCGAUACCGGGGCAGACGAAGCAAAGAAACCGUUGGGUGUCAUCGCGACCAUGAAGGACAUUGCUGUGCGAGAAGGCUGGAAGGCUCUGAUGAAAGGAGGUGCUUUGAGAGGCGCCUGGACUGCAUUAGGAGCCGGCGUAUAUCUUGGCAGCUACGAAGCCGGCAGACUGUGGUGGAGAGACCGACAGCAGAGGUCGAAGAAGGCGUAA